ACAAAAGGGCGCAGAAACGUUUCAUACAGGGAAUGGAGUAGCCUACAAAAAAUAUUUGAGAUAACAUUACAAUAAUACGGGUCUCUAGUUUGUUAAGCGGAUGUGGUUGCAGCCAUUGCACGGUGUGUAUGAGUGGCUGUUGAUGCUGAUUGUUUGAGGAAAGAGGAAGCAGGGAGACGGUAAGAUUUGGGUAAUACUGAGCUGAAACAGCAGUAUUAUCCUGCUGCACUGGUCUCUUCCUCACUUCGAAACCGGACCAUCACGAUGACCCAGCCUCGGCCAGAAGAGUUUAUUCCGCCCCCGGAAUGCCCAGUCUUUGAGCCCACUUGGGAGGAAUUUUCCGACCCCUUUGCCUUUAUCAACAAAAUACGGCCUAUAGCAGAGAAAACGGGCAUCUGCAAGGUCCGCCCGCCGCCGGAUUGGCAGCCGCCAUUCGCCUGCGACGUGGACAGGCUGCACUUCACCCCGCGGAUCCAGAGACUGAACGAGUUAGAGGCCCAGACCAGAGUCAAGCUCAACUUUCUGGAUCAGAUCGCAAAGUUCUGGGAGCUGCAGGGCUGUACGCUGAAGAUUCCGCACGUCGAGCGGAAGAUUCUGGAUCUCUACCGGCUGAACAAGCUGGUGGCUGAAGAGGGUGGCUUUCACACGGUGUGCCAGGAGAGGCGCUGGACUAAGAUAGCCUCCAGUUUGGGCUUCGCUCCGGGCAAGGCUGUGGGCUCCCACCUGCGGGCCCAUUAUGAGAGGAUCCUGUACCCCUACAGCCUGUUCCAGGCUGGAGAGAGCCUGCACGCGCAGAAAGCGACCCUCUCCAGCCACGAGAGGGACCAGGAGUACCGGCCCCACGCCCUGUCCCAGAGACAGGCCGCCGAGCCGGGGGACACCUGCUGCCCCGCCCGGAGGGCCCAGCGCAUGGGGGGCCAGGGACGCUGUGUGAAGCAGGAGCCCUGUGCCAACAGGCCCAACCUGAGGAGGAGGAUGGGCUCCUUAGUAGCCAAGCCUGAGCCAGAGACCAGCAGUCCUGUGCUGGUGAAGCAGGAAGUGCCUGAGCCCAAGGAGAGAGCGAGCAAGACCGACCGAGGCAGGGCUCAGAGCCAGAGGAGCAGCCCGACCCUGAACAUCGUGGACCUGUACGUCUGUCAGGUGUGUGGAAGCGGGAACGAGGAGGACCGCCUGUUGCUAUGCGACGGCUGUGAUGACAGCUACCACACGUUCUGUCUGAUCCCGCCCCUGAGCGACGUCCCCAAGGGAGACUGGAGGUGCCCCAAGUGCCUGGCUCAGGAGUGCAGUAAGAAGGCGGAGGCCUUCGGCUUUGAGCAGGCGUACAGAGACUACACUCUGCGCACGUUUGGGGACAUGGCCGACUCCUUCAAAUCCGAUUACUUCAACAUGCCGGUGCACAUGGUUCCUACGGAGCUUGUUGAGAAGGAGUUCUGGCGCCUGGUGGGUACCAUAGAAGAAGACGUCACGGUGGAGUAUGGCGCUGACAUCGCUUCGCGGGAUUUUGGCAGUGGCUUCCCCAUCAGGAACGGGAGGUUCAAAGUGGCUCCUGAGGACGAGGCGUACCUGAGCAGCGGGUGGAACCUGAACAACAUGCCGGUGAUGGACGCCUCGGUGCUGACGCACGUGUCAGCCAGCAUCUGCGGCAUGAAGCUGCCCUGGCUCUACGUGGGCAUGUGCUUCUCCUCCUUCUGCUGGCACAUCGAGGACCACUGGAGCUACUCCAUCAACUACCUGCACUGGGGGGAGCCGAAGACGUGGUACGGCGCUCCGGGCUACGCAGCUGAUCGGCUGGAGGAGGUGAUGAAGAAGCUAGCACCCGAGCUCUUCCUCGCUCAGCCCGACCUGCUGCACCAGCUGGUCACCAUCAUGAACCCCAACACCCUCAUGGCCCAUGGCGUGCCGAUUUAUCGGACCAAUCAGUGCGCAGGAGAGUUUGUCAUCACCUUCCCUCGAGCCUAUCACAGCGGGUUCAACCAGGGCUUCAAUUUUGCUGAGGCAGUGAACUUCUGCACUGUGGACUGGAUGCCUCUGGGCCGGCAGUGUGUGGAUCACUACCGUAGGCUGAACAGGUACUGCGUCUUCUCCCACGACGAGCUCAUCUGCAAGAUGGCAGCCAAGGCCGACUCGCUGGACGUGGUACUGGCGUCCGCGGUGCAGAAGGACAUGGCCGUCAUGAUCCGCGAGGAGAAGGAGCUGCGGGACCAAGUGCGCAAGCUGGGCGUGGCGCGGAGCCAGCGGGUGGAAUACGAUCUCCUGCCAGACGAGGAUCGGCAGUGUGCUCGCUGCAGGACCACCUGCUACCUGUCCGCUCUCACCUGUCCCUGCAGCCCCGGUGUGAUGGUCUGCCUGCACCACGUCCAGGACCUGUGCCCCUGUCCCGUCACGGAAUACACCCUGCACUAUCGGUUUACACUGGAUGACCUGUACCCCAUGAUGAACGCCAUUUGCCUGCGCGCAGAAUCCUACGACGAAUGGGCUUCUCUCGUGACCGAGAUCCUGGAGGCGAAACUGGACAAGAAAAAAAGUCUGGCGGAGUUCCGCGCGCUGAUCCAGGAGUCGGAGGCCAAGGCGUUCCCCGACAACGACCUGCUGCGCCACCUGCGCCUGGUUACGCAGGACGCGGAGAAGUGCGCCUCUGUCGCCCAGCAACUGCUCAACGGGAAGAGGCAGACCAGGUCCCGCUGUGGCGGGGGGACGUCCCAGAGCCAGCUCACGGCUGAGGAGCUCCGGUCUUUCGUCAGGCAGCUGUACAACCUGCCCUGCUCCAUCCGGCAGGCCCCCCCGCUCAAGGAGCUGCUGGGCCGUGUGGAGGACUUCCGGCAGCACAGCGAGAAGGUCCUGGCGGAGGAGGCCCCCAGCCCGGCGGAGCUCCAGGGCCUGCUGGACGUGAGCUUCCAGCUGGACGUGGAGCUGCCGGAGCUGCCGCUGCUGCGGGAGAGGCUGGCCCAGGCCCGCUGGCUCCAGCAGGUGCGGCAGGCGGGCGGCAGGCCCCACACCCUGGGCCUGGACACCAUGCGCCGGCUCAUCGACCAGGGCGUCGGCCUUGCCCCCCACCCCUCCGUGGAGCGCGCCAUGGCGCGGCUGCAGGAGCUGCUCACCGUGUCCGAGCACUGGGAGGACCGCGCCCGCGACCUGCUCAAGGCCAGGCCCCGCCUCUCUGUGGAGACGCUGACGGCCGCCCUUCAGGAGGCGGAGUCUAUCCCCGCUUACCUGCCCACCUGCCUGCUGCUGAGAGACGCAGUCACCAAGGCCCAGGAGUGGCUGCAGGAGGCGGAGUCACUGCAGCUGGGCGGUCGGAUCCCGGUGCUGGACGCGCUCUGUGACCUGGUUUCGCGGGCGCGGCCCAUCCCGGUGCAGCUGAGCCCCCUGCCCCGGCUGGAGGCCCUGGUGUCCGAGGUGCAGGCCUGGAGAGAGAGCGCGGCCAGAACCUUCCUGAAGAAGAACGCCCCGGACUCGCUGCUGGAGGUGCUGUGUCCCCUGUACGAGGUGGGGACAGGCGCUCAGAAAGCCAAGCCCAAAAAGGCGAAGGACGCGGUCCCGGGCGGGAAGAGGAAGGGCGGGAAGCUGGUGAGCCUGAGCGACGUGGAGAGAGCGCUGUGUGAGAGCAAAGACUCCGCCUCCGCCAUGGCCACGCUCGCUGAGGUCCGGCUGAAGGAGAUGGAGGCCAUGUUGUCCCUCAGGACCGCCAACGAGGCCAAGCUGGCGCUGGCGGCGGGGGGCGUGGCCUGCGGCGUGUGCGUGUGCCAGGGCGCCCCCGCUGGCGCCAUGCGGCAGUGCGAGCUGUGCCGGGACGCCUUCCACCGCGGCUGCGUGGCGGAAGCGGCGGGAGGGGCGGAGCCGCGGGCCGACGGCGGGAAGGCCUGGCUGUGCCCGCGCUGCCGGCGCUCCGAGCGCCCGCCGCUGGACAGGCUCCUCCCCCUGCUGGCCUCGCUGCAGCGGCUGCGGGUGCACCUGCCGGAGGGCGACGCCCUGCGCUACCUGAUCGAGCGCACGGCGCACUGGCAGCAGCGGCUGCAGCAGGCGUCCGCCUCCUGGAAGCUUCCGGUAGCGCCAGAGCGCUCCGCCGCUCAUCGCUGGCCUGGAUACGCGAAGGCAAAGUCGUGUCCCAGAGCAGCUUCCUGUCCUCCUCAGGAAUGGAGCGGUACAGACCGGCCUCACACUGCGUUCUACAUGGAACAGAGAUGCAUUCCUCUGGAAGGUUUGAAUCCGGAGCUGGAGGAGCUGAUGGUGGAGGGGCUCCUGCUGCAGGUGUCUCUGCCGGAGAUUCCGCAGCUGCACCACAUCCUGCUGAACAGGCCCCACAAACAGAGGCACAGCUCUCAGGGGACGAGUUCAUCGCAGAACCGGGACGGGACCACCAGAGAGGCGGUGAAUGGGACAGACAGGAAGGCCAAACGUCGGCUGGAGAGGGAGAGUCGGGACGGGGGCCAGGGGGGCCAGGGGGGCCACGGGGGCCACGGGGGCGGGGCCAGGAAGGCCCAGAAGAAGGCCAAACUGAACAAGGAGAAAAGCCGGGACGACCGAUCGGCUCCGGCCUCCUCGUGCCCCGCCCCGUGCCCCGCCCCGUGCCCCGCCCCGUGCCCUGCCCCAUCCCUGUCCCCAUCCCCCUCCCUGCUUUCGGAGGAUUCCGAUGAGGACAUUGAGCUCUGUCCGGCGGAGUUCUGCCUGCAGCCUGAGGGAGAUGAGGUGGACUGGGUCCAGUGUGACGGCAGCUGCAACCUGUGGUUCCACCAGGUGUGCGUGGGCGUGUCCGCCGAGCAGGCGGAGGAGGAGGACUACGUCUGCGCCACCUGCAUGCGCCAGCAAACGAGCAGGAGAUAAGGGUCUCGGAAAAGGCAGAGCGGACCGCUACCUGUCAAUCCCACACCUGGAGGGGGCGGAGCUUACCCUCUCCAGGCCCCGCCUCCUGGGGCUGUCGGUGGGUUCAGUCCCCAGGGCUGACCCUGGAUCAGUCGUUGGCAGCUGACGGCACACGCAGGACCACCUUUGAACUUUCGUUUCUUCCCUCUUUGUAACAGUAAUGCUACUGGACCACUUCACCUCCUGGUUACUUUCCCCCCCCCCCCCCCCCCCACUCCAACAACUUGUUGAACUCUUUGGCCAUGUUUUGUAUGAAUGACUUCUCCUUCCUGUGAAUUAUCUGCGGUUGUCCCAACAGUCCCUGGACUUGAAGGACUCUUCAGGGGUUUCUGUCUGCGGGGCGUGAGGGGCUGUCAAUCAUGCACCUUACCAAAGGACGGGACUCCUUACCUCAACACCUGACGUACCUACCUGAACACACAGGCUCACUCUUACACACAGACCUGACCAGAGACCAGGAAUGCAGGGAAAUGCAGGUUUAUCCAGUAAUCAGUAAAAUGGACGACAACGAAAACAAGAGAAGAUAUUUUUUGAAUACCCACUGAUUAGUCUGAGCAUCUGGACAAUAAGAAAUGUUCUUUUUUUGUGGAUUGGAUUUAUUUAUAUGAGCAAUACCGGAACAAGGCUUGUUUGAGUCCGUGGCAUGAAAUUCCUCUGAACGUUGUGAUUAGUGAUGGUUGAAUUACAGAACGCUCCCUAUUGGUCUAUAGGAUCAAAAUGAUGGACUAGAGAUAGAGUGGACUAGGGUUGGGUAUCCUUUAGACUUUAUCGAUUCCAGUUGCCGUUCCUCUUAUCGAAUCCUGGUUCCAGUUCUUGUCAUGAACCACGUUUAUUCUCAGCACAUUCAGGCUGCCGUGAAAAAGUAAAUAGUCGUUUUGGUAAAAAAGUAAAAUAGAGAUGGUGCAUAACGCAUCACACAAUAAAGACACAAUGCUCACAAUGGGGGAAAACAACCUGUUGCUCUCCAUAGAGUUAAUUACAUAGAGUGGAUUAUAAAGACUAUAAAACUACCAAAUCGGUACAAUGUGAGUAAUCAGAGCACUCGGUACAAUUUAGUCAGGAAAAUGUCUAGCAUUAUUGGGCUGAAUGGCUGGUUCUCGUCAUUAUGUUAUGUUACUUACUGGGGAACAAAAUUGCAAAUUUACUAAAGAAAUAACUUAAAUGUGGCUUGAUUCAGGAUCCCAGAGUUUUCUGACUUUCCCCCUAGGACCAGUAUCCUAGCUUUCCCCUCGCGUCUAAUGUCCUGAAUCCACUUCUUUCUUCUCAUUGGCUCAGUCUUUUUUUUCACGGAAGGACAUGAAACUUAAAAUUGGGAUUCUUGGCUUUGUUAGUUGUUCAGCCCGCCAUGCAACAACGUUUUUUUAUAAUCUUGAAAAUCCCCUGACUGUGAGUAUUUAAUUUCUUUGAAGCGCAACAGAUUGGUUUCCCCCAUCAUGGGGGCUGUGGCCUAUUACAGGGACCUUGAUGCAUACGUAUUACGUAACCAACGAUUUUUUUGCAUUUCACUCAUCGCGAAUGCCAUUAAAAAUACAUUUUUAGGAUUUGACAAGCAUUUUGAUAAGCAUAAUAAUAAUAAUAAUAAUAAUAAUUUAAUACGUGGAUUCAAACUUUAUUUGGAACCGGUUCCAGUGUGGAACCGACUCUCGAUACCCAACCCUAUAGUGGGCAGAAGCAACUUUAUUACCUGACUGCCACAUCUGUACUUUGGCUUUUUUUGUGGGUGAAAGGGGUAGCGUGCUACAGAUGUUGCAGUUUAUAUUGUGGAAUAAAACCUUUUUGAUCUCAUA